UUGUUAAUCCAGUGCGUUUGCUUCGACAACCAUCGGCUGGAGAAGUAGGACGGCUAUAGAACCAUAAUUCUCGACGCAAUCAACGACUAAAUCGUACCAGUGUCAAUAUGAAAGCAAUAAGCCCGGUGAGAUCUUUCAGAAAAAACAGCGCUAAUUUGACAGAACACACUCUUGGAAUCUCCCGAAGCAAGACCCCCGUGGAUGAUCCUCUGAGUCUGAUGUACAACAUGAACGACUGUUAUUUAAAACUGAAGGAGCUGGUGCCCAGCAUCCCCCAGAACAAGAACGUUAGCAAGAUGGAAAUCCUGCAGCAUGUCAUCGAUUACAUUCUGGAUCUGCAGAUUGCCCUCGACUCCAAUUCUGCAUUAACCAGCCUCCAUCACCCGCGACCAGGGCAGGCAACAUCCAGAACACCCUUGACAACUCUCAACACAGACAUAAGCAUCUUAUCACUACAGUCUCCGGAGUUUCAAUCAGACUUGACCACAGACGACCAUAAGACGCUCUACCGUUAAAAUGGUGUUUGGUUAGGACGGGGAAAACACAGGACCUGGGAACGGACUUUCCCCCUCCAUUUUUGUUCUCGGUCUGGAUUUAAUCUUUAAUUGAUUCAAAAGACUUUUUGCAUAAAAGGACAAUCUUAUGUGAUCGUGUUUAUCAUUUUGGACACUUAUUAUUUAUCGUUAGACUCGUUAGGUCCUUUCUUCAAAUGGAAGAAGCACUAUAUUCCCGACACUGGGAGGAGAAUGAAAGAAGAAUAUUGUCAUAAGGAUUCCAUUUUCCUUUGUGAAGUCUUCACUUUUUCUGCUAAGGUGGAGCGUGAAUAGGGGACAACACGGUUCGUCGCUGUAAAAAGUUUAGUAGGCUUUGUUUUGUCAGAUCAUUGUAAUUUUGGCACAUUGGAGGACUGGAUGAUGUACAUGACAUGGACGAGUGAAACGUUGUAAACUCUAACGGAGUUUUAUCUUGUAUAGUUGUGGAAAUGACACAUUUCUGCAAAAGUGUAAAGCUGUACUUAAUUAUGCUGAAACUUUUUAUAAAAGUAAUAUUGUAAAUUGUACCUUUUAUACAAAAUAAAUCAAAUGCUUUAUUUGA